AUGAAUUUAAAUAAAAUUACAAAGUUGGAAACAAAUCCCAUUUUUAAUAAUCUUCCGCUUCUUCUUCCUCAGGUUUCUUGUUUAAAUCAAAGAGAUGAUUUUUCUUAUCUGAAUCUAUUUCAUUUAUGUAAUCUCCAGAAAUUUUAUUUACGUCUUCUACCUCGAUUUGAUUUUCUUCUCCAUUAUUGUCCCCCUCCUCACGUUGAUUAUAAAGACUACUCUGUGGAUUAUCAAAUAAGUUUCCUUCAUUAUUAUCAGAUUUAACGUUUUUCUUAUUUUGUCGCCAUUUUCGCUUGUAUUCAUUCAACUUUCCUUUGUUAUUUUGGUAAUAAAUUUUUGCUUGAUUUUUUAACUU